AUGGAAUGUCCUUAUCAGUCCGCCGCUGAGCUAUUGGUUGCUGAGCCGGAUGAGGGUGGGCAUUGCGCAGUGACUGGCACGGGUCUCUGUUUCCGCUGCCUUCUUUUUUCUUCAGAGGGGCGGGGAGGAGGAGGAGGUCGAGUUGAUUUGAAUGUCUUUGGGUCGCCUGGCCUCCGGCCUCGGAUUGGCCAUUGGCGCUGCGGGGGCGGGCCUUAUUCGUUGGUUCUGUGCUGUGAUUGGCGCCCCUCUUGGCCUCCGCCCUACGGCCUGGCGAGCCCCACAGGCGGUGGCUCUCGGGGGGGGCGCGACGCCCCCUGGCCGCCUCCACAUUGGCUGAGGGCCUCCCCGCCCCUGUCCCUCAGGGGCCCGAGCCUGGUCACUUCCGGCCGCGGAGCAAUGGCGGCCCUCGGGGGUCGGGGCGAGGCUGGCCUACCGUGGUUCCGGGGCUGCAGAGGAUGCUGCUCAGGCCUCCUGCUCAGGCCAAGGACUCGCGGGCAGGCCCGCCAAUGGCCCCGGGCCGCCCCUCCGGCGAUCCGCGGAUGCGGCCGCGCGGAGCGGGGGAAGCGAGAGUGGCCCGGGACCGAAAUCCUGAAGGAACUGGAUGAGUAUUAUGAGAAAUUGAAACGCGAGACAGACGGCGUCCAGAAGAGGAGAGUGUUGCACUGCAUUCAGAGAGCCCUGAUUCGGAGCCAGGAGCUGGGCGACGAGAAGAUCCAGAUCGUGAGUCAGAUGGUGGAGCUGGUGGAGAACCGGACCAGGCAGGUGGACAGUCACGUGGAGCUCUUUGAGGCCCAUCAGGAGGUCAAUGACACCACUGGCCACAGCGGCAAAGCUGGCCAGGAUAAGUCCAAGAGCGAGACAAUCACUCAGGCGGAGAAGACCAAUAACAAGAGGUCCCGGCGACAGCGCAACAACGAGAACCGAGAGAACGCUGCCAAUAAUCAUGACCAUGAUGACAUCACCUCAGGAACGCCUAAGGAGAAGAAAGCAAAAGCCUCCAAGAAGAAGAAACGCUCCAAGGCCAAAGCUGAGCGGGAAGCGUCCCCCGCAGACCUUCCCAUCGACCCGAACGAGCCAACCUACUGUCUGUGCAAUCAGGUCUCCUAUGGAGAAAUGAUCGGCUGUGACAAUGACGAGUGCCCCAUCGAGUGGUUCCAUUUCUCCUGCGUGGGACUGAAUCACAAACCAAAGGGCAAGUGGUACUGUCCCAAAUGUCGAGGGGAGAACGAGAAGACCAUGGACAAGGCCCUGGAAAAAUCCAAAAAGGAGCGGGCUUAUAACAGGUAGUUGGCGGAGCUCGCUCAGCAGGGAGGAGAGCGGGCGGGCCAGUGUAUUUAUUACGUCAGUCACUGCCUGUGCUGGGGCGCAAGGACCGUACAUUGUAUAUUUUUAAGGAAUGUUAGAAAAGGAGCCGUUCCUUUUGCAGGGACGGCAGUGAUCCUCUGCUUUUGUUUUCAUUGGUACACACGUGUAACAAGAAAGUGGUCUGUGGAUCAGCAUUUUAGAAACUACAAAUAUAGGUUUGAAUUAAACACUCAAGUGAGUCUCA